AUGGCCGGGGCGAACCAGACGCAGGUGACAGAGUUCGUCUUCCUGGGCUUCUCCCACAUCCUGCAGGGCCAGGCCUUCCUCUUCCUGGCCUUCUUGACUGUCUACCUCGUCACCCUGCUGGGGAACUGCCUGAUCCUCACCCUCAUCGUGCUGGAUCCCCAGCUGCACAGCCCCAUGUACUUCUUCCUCGGCCACCUCUCCUUCCUGGACAUGUGCUACUCCUCCGUCACGCUGCCCAAGAUCCUGGUGAACUUCCUGAGGCAGCGGCAGACCAUCUCCUACCGGGAGUGCAUGGCACAGAUGUUCUUCCUCAUGAGCUGCGCGGGUGCCGAGUCUUCAUUGUUGACCGUCAUGGCCUUUGACCGGUACACGGCCAUCUGCAAACCCCUGCACUACACCAAGAUCUUGAGCAGGGGCGUAUGCAUCUCCCUGGCCACUGUGUCCUGGCUCUGGGCCAUCAUGGGCUCGGCAGUCCAAUCCUCCCUGGUCACCAACGUCUCCUUCUGUGGAGACAACCAGAUCCACCACAUCUUCUGCGACGCCCCUCCUCUGCUGAAGAUCGCCUGCAGCGACACCUACAUCAGUGAGAUGGCUUUGCAUACAGCCAGUGUCAUCAUGGGAUCGAUCCCAUUUCUGCUCAUCCUCAUCUCAUACAUCUACAUCCUGCUGGCCAUCCUCCGCAUCCGCUCGGACACAGGGAGGCGCAAAGCCUUUUCCACGUGUGCUGCACACCUGGUUGUGGUUGUUAUCUACUUUGGGAUGGGCAACCUGAACUACAACCGGCCCAGAGCUGGCUACUCCCUGGAGGUGGACACGCUGGUCUCCGCGCUUUACUGCAUCCUCACUCCCAUGCUCAACCCCCUCAUCUACAGCCUCCGCAACCAGGACGUGAGGGGCACCCUGAGGAGGGCCCUGGGGCACCACAAGAAGGAUAACGCAUCCCCACGUGCACAGACAGGUGUGGACUAA